AUGUCCAAGUCGUCACGUCGUGGUUCAAAGCGGAGGCGGAGAAGCGAAGGUUUUCUGACGCCUCCGUCCGAGCUACCUGCGUCGGACACCGAGACGUCAAGCAACAGAAACAUAGCAUCGAGAAUGAAACUAUCUGAGCGCCAGUUGAAGGAUUCGUCAGAGAUGCGAGAAGCGGCGUUGAUGUCCUCCCCGUGGCAAUCUCCGACAUCCCCGCAGGCACACGAUUCUGCCUUCAGCGCCGCAGCGUCAUCGUACUUGGCUUCACCAUCCGACUCCCCGCCACCGCUACUAACACUUCCCAUUUCAACACCCGCGGAUGCCUCCCGACGAUCAUCGUCGCAUUCUUCAGCACACACGGCUGCACUGCCAGCGUCACUCUCGGCGAAUCGAACAUCCCGUAUGAGCGUCUACCCGAAGGUCAGAGUUUCGGCGACGUCUGCUGCUACCCUUUCCGAGACACCCCUGACCUCGGAGCAACGCACGUUGUCGGCAGGCUCCCGUAUUCGCGAUCGGCAUCCAGGUGUAAGGCAGUCGUACCCGUCGGUCGUCAAGCAGACAGCGUCGCAGAACGAGCUCGUGGCUUUGCCGAACCAGCCUUCCAAGGUCAUUUCCGCUUCCUGGGCAACCAAGGCUCGACAGCUACUGUCACCGUUGCUCGGCCGUUUCCACUCUUUCUCGGCAAAGAGCAGCCCUGACGACUUACGGAGGUAUUCACGACAAAUGCGUGCCAGAACUCCACAGGUGAUCGCUCUGCCACCCUGUGACGCGGACGAGAAGCAGCCCGAGUCAACCUCAAUAUCACGUAAGCCAAGCCAGCCGAACGAGAGCCUGCAGUCCGUCAGCCGGCAAUCCCUGUCACGGAUUUCGUUAAGUGUGCAGCAGGAUGCCUCGUCGGUGCCACCACCUGUGGUCAACAGUGGCAUGGCGAGUUGCUUGCGGCGUGAAGAAGCUUCUCUCCUCGUUGGCAGGCGCGGUCCGUUCCAGACGACGACGUUCCACUUCGGCUUGCUCGUUGCCUUCAUGGUGCCCUUUCAGACGCUGCCGCUGCAGAUUGUCCAGCACGAUAUUGAUUACUGGUGCGCUAGGCCAAAGAACUUACGCAACAUGUCUACAGAAGAGUGGAAGCGCCAGAUGGUUCCUCGCGUCGAAGAUGGCAAUUACAGCCGGUGCCGCAUGUAUGCCGAAUGGAACGUCACCGGCGUAGCCACAGUGCCGUGCACCAGCUGGGAGUACGCAGCCUCCGUAUAUCACAACUCCAUUGUCGAGGAGUUUGGCUUGGUUUGCGAACGUGCUUGGUACCUGCCGGUGAGCUGUUCUGCAUUUGCCAUGGGCGCCAUCUGCGCAUUGCUCAUCACGGGACCUUUGGCUGACUGGCUGGGCAGGAAGCCAGUGAUGCAGUUCACAGUGAUGGUCUGGCAGGCGGCAGUUGUGGUAAUUCUAUUGUUCGUCAUGCUAAACACAUUCGUAGUCAUGCGCUUCCUCCUUGGAGCCUCCACAGCCACUCUUUUCAACACUAGCUUUGUGCUUGUGGUGGAAGUCUUGGCACCAGAACGGCGCACUCUUUACGCGAUGGCGGUGUUGUUAAGCAAGGUGAUCGGUACUAUCAUCGCAUCCACAAUGAUGCUGGCCCGGUUUAGCUGGUACGCGCUGCACCUUGCAAGCAUGCUACCAGGCCUCAUGAUGCUGCGCACCAUCACGUGCCUCAUUGAGUCCCCACGCUGGUUGCUGGCAAGAGGCCGGCUAGAGGAAGCCGAAACGGUCAUCAUGCAUGCGGCCACGCUCAACGCUGAGAACCUGUUUGAUGUGCGACGCCAGUGGGCACGCAAGCGUCGUGAACUGGAGCACAGAGAAGGCAUUCGGCGGAGUACUUUCUGCGAGGCAGCCUGCCUGCGAUGCCGAUGGAAGAAUAAUGGCAUCCUGUACUUCUGCUGGAGCGUGACUGCAUUUACGUUGCAGGCGACGUGGCUGAAGAUUCACUACCUGGGACUCUAUCCGGCAGCUCUCGUAACGCUCUUCGCGCUGCUGUCCGUCCCAGGAGAGCUGGGUGCUAUGGCGUCUGCCGCGCAUAUCGGCCGCAAGACGUCUCUCGCUUGGGCGCUGGUCAUAGCCGCCAUUGCCCUCUUCGGAGCCGCCGCGUGGGGCGAUGCGAAUGCGGUAUCCAGCGUUACCCUUCUGACUCUGGCGAGUGUGGGCACGGACGCAUCGCAAGCUGUUCUCACUCUGUACACGGCAGAAGUGUAUCCUACAGUGAUGCGCUGCUCGGGCCUGGCAACGUGCUCGUGCUUUUCUGCAGCGGCCAGCAUCGUCGUGUCAGUAGCCAUCCAUCUUGGAUUUCUCCAGGUGUCAUGGCUUCCACUGGUCGUGGUGUCGCUUCUAGGGCUCGCCGCUGCUUUUUUGGCGAUUCGACUGCCGGACGUAAAAGAGUGUGCUGUUCUGCCGGACGAGCUGUCGGACAUACCGUUUGAGGCGCCACCGGGAGUCGCUCAGCCAGUGCCUGAUAACACAAACGUCGCUUCGCCGGGCAUCCAGAGCAGCGACAAACGCCGAACGCUAGGAGAACGUUGA